AUGGCUUUACAAAAUCAUAGUGAAAAUAAAAAACGAAUGUCAGACGAUUGUCUAUCCUCAACAAUGUCGUCAUCAGCAUUAGAAAUUAUUCUUGAUGAUCAAUCAUUUAGUAAUUCAGCUGAUGAAGAAUUCAUGGAUCAGAUUAGGCAAUCAAAAGUGGGUACUACUGGCAGUACUGGUAGUGAAAGCUCCGCAUUUCGAAGAAAAAAACUACUUCCAUUAAGAGAUCCAAAAUCUCAUCGAUUAAUUGAAAAACGUCGUCGAGAUCGUAUGAAUGCUUGUCUCAAUGAAUUAUUACAAUUAACACCUCAUAAAAAUAAUGAAAGUCAACGACGUAUUGAAAAAACAGAAAUCAUUGAAAUGGCUAUCACUCAUAUACUUUUGUUUUUAUUUCUAUUAGCUAAAAAAACUGAUACAUAUCUUGAUUCAUAUCGAACUGGUUAUCAAAAUGGACUUUCUGAUGUAUUUGAAUUUAUUAAUGAAUAUGCUGAGAGUGAUCAAAUUAAUGAAUUUGCACAAUAUUGUAAAGAAAAGGAAAUCGAUUUAAAAAGCUUAACCGUUCUACCAGAUAGAAAACGAACGAAAUAUUUAUCGUUAUCUGAUAAACAAAAUAAAUUACCAAUAUCAUCUAAAGAACAAAUAACAAAACCUAAUUUAUUAAAUAAAAAUGAUGAUAAAUUAUGUACUAUAUCUGACACAGAACAACAUAAACAUAGUGAUUUAGAACCAUCAAUCCGAGUACGACAAACUUCAACUGAACAAUAUGAUUCUCCUGUUAAAGUACCAAUAUUUGUUCUACAUCCAUCUGGUACACAUUAUAUUCCAAUGUGUAUUGAUGCAUCAAUUGUUUCACAUGCGUUUACAAAAAAUUCCAAUAAAAUUCAUUCAUCAACAAAAGACCAAGCUCAAUGUCAUCCAGUAUCAAUUCCUGUAAAUUUUAAUCCAGGAACAGCUUUUUCAGAUCCAUAUGAACUUGAUAUUCAAAAUAUAAAUGUUAUCGGAACUCGUCAUCAGACGAGUGUGAGACCUAAUUGA